AUGAAUACCUCGCAGGAACUAAAAAGUUUUUCCUUAAAUUCAGGCAAAGACUGGGAGAAAGAAGAGGAAGACAGGAUAACUUUGUAUGACGCGAUGUAUGGGGAAAAAAGAGAGAAUAUCGUGCUACAGCGGCUGGUGGUGGUCGCCCGGCUGCCCCCCGACUCUGCUGAUGGGACCCAACUGGGAGCUCACUGGGAGGACCUGACUUUCCAACUGGGUCGGGCCCACCGAUGGGACCAGAUCACGGGCCUGCUGCUGGUUUAUCCAGCCUGUCUUCUCCACGUCAUCGAGUCGUCCAGAGAGAUUCUGAUUGCUGUUUUGAAAGACCUGCAGCUCAUGCAACAGCAGCCAGAGCGGGCGGUGCUGGAAGCUAAGAUCGUUUUCAUGGGACUCAACCUUCACAGUCGGAUGUUCCAGCAGUGGAGUUACAAGGUGCUGAAUAAAAACCAGGUCAUCGGUAACGAAGCCAUGACGGGACACGAGGAGGAGGAGAGCACGGAGUCUCUGGUCUGCUCCGUCCUGGCGGCCCUGCAGAGUCUGACCCAAAAGCUGGACCUCUCCAAGACGGACUAUGCCAUGAAGUACUGGAGGGACAACGGCACCCCGGUGGAGAAGCUGAGGAUGGGAUUCGCCUCCUACGGCCGGACCUUCCGCCUGGCGUCUUCGGCGACUGGAGUCGGGGCUCCGGCCAGCGGAGCGGCGUCUGCCGGGCCCUACACCCGAGAGGCCGGGUUCUGGUCCUACUACGAGAUCUGCACCUUCCUAAAAGGCACCACGAUCCAGUGGAUUGACGACCAGAAGGUUCCCUAUGCCACCAAGAAUUCGGAGUGGGUGGGAUUCGACACCAAGGAGAGCUACGACAUAAAGGUCCAGUACAUGAAAGACAUGAAGUUCGGGGGGGCCUUCGUGUGGGCCCUGGAUCUGGACGACUUCAAUGGAGAGUUCUGUGGAGAGGGAAGCCAUCCUUUGCUGUCCCAUUUGCGUAGACUUGUUGAUGGUGGUAUGCCGACUAUCCCAACUACAACCACUAAACCUGGACCCUCAACCACUAAACCAGGAGACUCCACCACUAAACCCGGACCCUCCACCACUAAACCGGGACCCUCCACCACUAAACCCGGACCCUCCACCACUAAACCGGGACCCUCCACCACCACGGCCGCGCCCGUUCCAGGGCCGGACUUCUGCAAAGACAAACCCGACGGUUUGUUUGAAAAUCGGGAGGACCAGAGCAGCUUCUUCCAGUGUGCGAGCGGCCGAACGUUCCUGAGAAACUGUGCCGCCGGAACCGUGUUCGAGGAGAGCUGUAAAUGCUGCGGAUGGCCCUGA